AUGGCUGAAGACUCCCCACCCCAGAUCCUCGUCCACCCCCAGGACCAGCUGCUCCAGGGCCCGGGCCCCGCCAGGAUGAACUGCCGUGCCUCAGGCCAGCCACCUCCCACCAUCCGCUGGCUGCUGAAUGGGCAGCCCCUGAGCAUGACACCCCCAGACCUUUACCACCUCCUUCCUGAUGGCACUCUCUUGCUGAUGCGGCCCCCAGCCCAGGGACGUGCCAAUGAUGGUCAGGCCCUUCCCCCUGACUUGGGCAUCUACACCUGUGAGGCCAGCAAUCACCUGGGCACAGCUGUCAGCCGAGGUGCUCAGCUGUUUGUGACUGUGCUGCGGGAGGAUUUCCAGGUCCAGCCUCGGGACACAGUGGCCAUGGUGGGCGAGCAGGUUAUCCUGGAGUGCAAGCCGCCCUGGGGGUUCCCGGAACCUACGGUUUCAUGGUGGAAAGAUGGGAAACCCCUGGUCCUACAGCCAGGCCAGUACGUGAUGUCCGAUGGGUCCCUACUGAUGACAAGAGCAGAGAAGAGUGACUCAGGGACCUACAUGUGUGUGGCCACCAACAGUGCCCGGCAACGGGAGAGCCGGGCAGCCAGGGUGUCUAUCCAAGAUCCCCAGGACCACAAGGAGCCCCUGAAGCUUCUGGCUGUGCGCAUCCAACUGGAAAACGUGACCCUGCUGAACCCUGAUCCUGCCAAGAGCCCCAGGCCUGGGCCUGCUGUGUGGCUCAGCUGGAAGGUGAGUGGCCCUGCUGCCCCUGCUCAGUCCUACACAGCCUUGUUCAGGGCCCAGCCUGCCCCCGGAGACCAGGCGGCUCUGGCUCCGGCUCCGUGGGGAGAGGUCCUGCUGGCUGGUUGGCAGAGUGCAGAGCUUACUGGCCUCCACUGGGGCCGAGAUUAUGAGUUCAAAGUGAGACCAUCCUCCGGCCGGGCUCAAGGUCCUGAGAGCAAUGUGCUACUUCUGAGGCUACCCGAACAAGUGCCCAAUGCCCCUCCACAAGAGGUGACCCUGAAAUCCAACAAUGGUAGCGUCCUUGUGAACUGGAUCCCACCACCUGCAGAAAACCACAAUGGCAUCAUUCGUAGCUACCAGGUCUGGAGCAUAGGCAACACCUCACUGCCUCCAGGCAAUUGGACCGUGGACAGCGAGCAGACCCAGCUGGAAAUCGCCACCCGCUCCUCAGGCUCCUACUGUGUGCAAGUGGCUGCGGUCACCGGUGCUGGGGCUGGGGAGCCCAGUAGCCCAGUGUGUCUCCUUUUAGAGCAGGCCAUGGAACGAGCUGCCCGAGAGCCUAGCAGUCAUGGGCCUUGGACCCUGGAGAAACUGAGGGCCACUCUGAGGCGGCCAGAAGUCAUCAUCAGCUUGGGGGUCCUGCUCUGGCUCUUGUUUCUUGGUACCGUCAUGUGUAUCUACCACAGAUGCCAAGCUGGGGUACACCUGGGCCCAGGUCUAUACCGAUAUACCAGUGAGGAUGCCAUCCUAAAACACAGGGUAGACCACAGUGACUCCCCCUGGCUGGCAGACACCUGGCGUUCCACAUCUGGCUCUCGGAACUUGAGCAGCAGCAGCAGCCUCAGCAGCCGUCUGGGAGGUGACCCCCGAGAUGCCCCGGAUGGCCGGAGCUCCUUGAUCUCUUGGGACCCCCGAAGCCCUGGUGUGCCCCUACUUCCAGACACCAGCUCUUUUUAUGGCUCCCUCAUCACAGAGAUCCCCUCCAGCCCCCCAACCCGACCAAGCCCCCCGGCCCCAGCUGCCAGGAGCCUCCCACCUCAUCUGGCCCAGCUUUCCCAUCCCUGGCCCAGUUCUGACAGCCUCUGCAGCUGCCGAAGACAUGCUUCUCCUCGCUUGUCUUUGGCCCCUGCUGAGGCCUGGAAGGCCAAAAAGAAGCAGGAGCUGCACCAGGCCAACAGCUCCCCACUGCUGCAGGCCAACCACCCCAUGGAACACUGGGCCUGGAAGUUGGGAGGUAGAAGUUCCAAGAACUUUUCUCAAAGCCCAGGUGCUAUGCCCCGAACAUUGGUUGCCUGGAGGGCCCUGGGACCCCAGCUCCUCAGCUCCUCAAAUGAACUAGCUACUCACGCUCUGCCAUCUGCACCACCCUCUCCUCACGGAAGUCCCACUCAGUGUCAACAGACCCAGAACGUGGCAGAGUCCAAACCAUCCUCCCCAUUUCCUCUACCAGCAGUCUCCAUCCCCAUCCAUGCCCCUUCAGGUCCUCCUACCCCCUCCAGCCCCCGGGCCUCUUCCCUUUCUGGUCCCAGUCUGGCUUCUAGUUGCCUCUCCAGCUCUUCACUAUCAUCCUUGGAGGAAGAUCAGGACAGUGUGCUGACACCUGAGGAGGUAGCCUUGUGCCUGGAGCUUAGUGAGGGUGAAGAGACCCCCAGGAACAGUGUCUCACCUGUACCAAGGGCUCCAUCACCCCCUGUCACCUACGGGUACAUCAGUGUUCCCACAGCUUCAGAGCUAGCAGAUAUGGGCAGGGCUGGGGGAGGGGCAGGGGCUGAGGUAGGAGGACUGCUGUGCCCCCCUCGGCCCUGCCCUACUCCUACACCCAGCGAGGGCUCCUUAGCCAACGGCUGGGGCUCGGCCUCUGAGGAUAAUGUCCCCAGCGCCAGAGCCAGCCUCGUCAGUUCUUCGGAUGGCUCCUUUCUCGCCGAUGCCCACUUCGCCCGGGCUCUGGCAGUGGCUGUGGACAGCUUCGGCCUUGGUCUGGAGCUCAAGGAGGCAGACUGUGUCUUCACUGAUGCCUCAUUACCACCUUCCCCCCGGGAUGAUCUCUUCCUGACCUCAAGCCUAUCACUGCCUAUGUGGGAAUGGAAGUCAGACAGGGAGGACAUGGAGAACAAGAACUAUUACAUCCAACAGCUGGGAAAGGGGCUUCCACCAUGGCCCCCUACAUCCCAGGGCUCUUCUCAGAGACAUGGAUUUGGCUAUCCUACACCCAAGGCUGGAGGUGAGUGUUCAUGA